AUGGUUCUCGCUGACCUCGGCGCGCGCCUCAACGGCGCUCUCAGCCAGUUCUCCAAGUCGUCCUCGGUCGACGAUGCGGCUAUCGAUGCGCUCCUCAAGGAGCUCUGCUCCGCCCUCCUCGAGUCGGACGUCAACGUCAAGCUCGUGUCCCAGUUGAGGGCACGGGUCAAGGCCAAGGUGAGUGCCGCGUUGAAGCCUUGGGACGGUCAAGUUAACACAUCCCAGGUUAAGAAGAGCCUCGAAGACGCCGAGAAGGCCGGUGGACGUGAGGCAAACAAGAAGAACGUCGUGCAGAAGGCGGUCUACGAUGAGCUCGUUGCCCUCGUUGACCCCGGAACCGAGCCAUACAAGCCGGUCAAGGGCAAGGUCAACGUUAUCAUGGCCGUUGGUAUUCAGGGUGCGGGUAAGACAACGACGUGUACCAAGCUUGCGGUGCACUACCAGCGACGAGGACUGCGAUCAUGUCUGGUCUGCGCGGACACUUUCCGUGCCGGUGCCUUCGACCAGCUCAAGCAGAACGCUACCAAGGCCAAGAUCCCCUUCUACGGUAGCUACACCGAGACGGACCCCGUGGCCAUCGCCGCGCUGGGUGUGGAGAAGUUUAGGAAAGAGCGCUUCGACGUCAUCAUUGUCGACACGUCGGGUCGUCACAAGCAGGAGAGCGAACUGUUCGAGGAGAUGGUCGCCAUCGGCGCCGCGGUCAAGCCUGACAUGACGGUCAUGGUGCUCGACGCGUCCAUCGGUCAGGCGGCUGAGGGACAGAGCAAGGCCUUCAAGGAGAGCAGUGACUUUGGAGCCAUCAUCGUGACCAAGCUCGACGGCCACGCAAAGGGUGGUGGUGCCAUCUCCGCCGUUGCCGCGACCAAAACCCCUAUCAUCUUCCUCGGUACCGGCGAGCACUUGAACGACCUGGAAAAGUUCGCUCCCCAGCCAUUCGUCUCCAAGCUCCUGGGAAUGGGCGACAUCCAGGGCCUGAUGGAGCACAUGCAGGACAUGGCCAUGGCCAACCCCGACCGCCAGAAGGACCUGGCCAAGAAGCUCGAGCAGGGCAAGUUCUCGAUCCGCGACUGGCGCGAGCAGCUUUCCAACAUUAUGAGCAUGGGCUCGCUGUCCAAGAUUGCGUCUAUGAUUCCCGGUAUGCCAGCAGGCAUGAUGGAGGGUGGCGAGGACGAGGCGGCUGGCAAGCUCAAGCGCAUGAUCUUCAUCACGGAUGCAAUGAGGCAGGACGAGCUCGACUCUGAUGGCUUGAUCUUCUUCAGCUUCGACAAGGAGGGCAACCCCGUCGGCCUGAACCGUCGUGCUCGCCGAGUGGCCAAGGGCAGUGGAACCUCUGUCCGCGAGGUCGAGGAGCUGCUCGCCCAGGCUCGUAUGAUGGCCGGCAUGGCGCGCCAGGCCGGCGGCCAGAACGGCUGGAUGACCGCCAUGAACAAGAUGCAGGCCGCGGCGGGCGGCAAGCCCCUCGGACCAGGCGGCCGGCCAUCGCAGGCCCAGAUCGAGGCCAUGAGGAAGGCCAUGCCGCCUGAUCUCAUGCGCAAGCUUCGCGCUGCGGGGCCCCAGGGAGCCCAAAAAAUGAUGGCUGAUAUGAUGGGUGGACAAGGCGGUGGAUUCCCCGGUAUGCCCGGAAUGGGCGGCGGCGGUGGCGGCAUGCCGAGCAUGGCCGAGAUGCAGGAGGCCAUGAAGGCCAUGGGCAUGGGUGGAGCCGGAGGCGGCGGUCUCCCUGGCAUGGGCGGAAUGCCUGACAUGUCGCAGAUGAUGAAGAUGAUGGGUGGAAUGGGCGGGCUCGGUGGUGGCCGCUAA